AUCAAUCCGAUUUAGUCUUAGAUCAUUUCUCCAAAUAUGAAAUCUAGGGAAACUUCUCAAUCGGAAAGAUAUUCCUGCCUUCUAUGGCUUCUCCAAGUCAUGUUCGUGUUAUGUUUCAUCAUAGUUGUGAUACGGCUAUGCUUAACCCCGAAGCAGCCAAUUUUCAUGGUAGCAGACGUCUACAUCAAGCCGGCAUUCAACCAUAGCUGGAAUUCAACACUACAACACAGUGGAGCUGCCUCUAACGUGACCUCGGUUGUCAUCAUCCUCAGCCUCGAAAUUUCCAACCCUAACCAAAGAAUAGGCUUCAUCUAUGAAGAUUUCCAUGUAGCCUUGUACUUCACAGACACGGUUAUGAUCGGCACCAGUUCACUUCCAGGUUUCUAUCAAGAGCACAGAAAUGGUAGUUCUAUUGUACGUGAAGUUCAAGUGAGUGUUAAGCAGCAAUCUUUGCUAGGAUUAAUUACUGGGAGGGGGUUUCAUAUGAAAGUUUACUUGGAAACUAAGGUUCGGUAUAAGAUAUUCAGAUCAAAGACAAAGCAUCAUCUAAUGGGGUUUGAAGCAUAUGUGCCUAUUGGUUCGGAUGGGAGGAUGUUAGGAGAAGACAUAAAGCUGCACCUACAACCACACUCGACCAUGCUUAAUCUGACAAAACAUGGAAAUUAAGGUCUAAUUGAUAGUCACAUACACGCAUAGGCAUGUACA